AUGGCGAUUACCGACCGGAACAACAUUUUCCAGUUAGAGAUAAAUACAUCCCAACUUGUUAAACAUGCCUUUGAUAUGUUCCAAGAAAUAAACACAUUGCAUGUACAAAUGGCAUGCGUCUUCUGUGGUAGGGUGGAGGAUAAACCUGAAAAAUAUGGAGAAAAAUUAACGGACAAGAAGACAAAUAUUAGCGUUCAUUAUUACUGCCUUAUCCUUUCCAGUGGUUUGUUGCAACAAGGAGAGGAAAAGGAUGGUUUUUAUGGUUUUCUUGUGAAUUCCGUGACGAAAGAAGUCAAACGAGCAUCUAAACUGACCUGCACUGUAUGUAAAGAAAAAGGGGCAUCCAUUCGCUGCUGUAAAACCAACUGUCGAAAAAUUUUCCAUUUUCCUUGUGGCCAAGGAAACCAGUGCCUUUUUCAAUAUUUUGACAGAUUUGAAUCAUUUUGUUGGCAGCAUAGACCCGUUCAGAAUGUUCCUUCAGAAAAAAAGCCUGCACAGUGCAGUAUCUGCCUUCAAAAAAUUAACUCUUCUCCAACGUUUAUUGCCAUCAAGAGUCCCUGUUGUAGUCAGUCUUGGUUUCACAGGAAAUGUCUGCAGAAACAUGCGUUGAGUGCUGGUCUAUACUUCUUUAACUGUCCUACUUGUAACAACAAGACUAACUUCCAAAGUGAGAUGCUCCGCAUGGGUAUUCAUAUCCCUCAGAGGGAUGCAUCUUGGGAGCGUGAGGAAAAUGCCUACCAGGAGCUACACGAAGUAUAUCAACGGUGUGAUGUAAAAAAAUGCCUCUGUGAUUUAGGAAGAGAUUAUGUUGCACUCAAAGGUAAGUGGUGUAUUGUGCGUUGUCACUACUGCGGAUCAAUGGGGACUCAUUUAAUUUGUUCAGCUCUUGAAAAUAAGAAAAGCCAGUGGACGUGUCCGGAAUGCUUCUCCAUACUUCAUGGACAGAAAAAUCAAGAAAUGCCCUUACGAAGGAAAAAAAUUGCAUCUAUUAAAUCUGGCAAGAACUUGUCAAUCAGCACAACAGAAAAAGGCUCAGAAAAUAACUUCUUCAAUAGAAACAAAACAAAUGACAAAUCAGGCCCAUCUACUGAUAAAGGGAAUUCAUCUUCUGAAUAUAAUAAUCAUCAGGACCCUAAAACUGGGGAAAGAAAAUGCUACCGGGUGUCAUCUAGAAGAAAUCGAAGAAAACAAGUGCGGACGGCUAACAGAAAGCGUCUAUUCAAGUGUAAAAACAAAGAGAGACAGUGAAGAACUUGGUAGAAGAUCAAGGAGAUUAGGAAGUCCUAUAGAUAUUUUACUUUAUCUAUGGAGAGCAUUCAUUAGCUAGAAAAGAAUGUCACAUUCUGAGGGUUCUGAUAUCAGUAGAUGAGCACUGUAAGCCUAAUAAAUCCAGACAAAAUAAAACAAUUCUUGCUGAAAAAA